AGAGCGCUACCGUUACGACGAGCGAGCGAGCGUUUCUUUCUCGUUUCUGCUCUGCUUCGGACCACGCGGGUGCACGCGGGAUUCGUGAGGCCGAGUCCCGAAUCCCGGUUUACUAUCAUUAAGUGAUCGAACCGGCGGCCACGUGUGUAAUAAGGAGCGUAACGGAAAGCCGUGCGGAAGAACAGGAGAGGAAGCGUGCGGAAGAACAGGAGAGGAAGCGUGCGGAAGAACAGGAGAGAAAGCGUGCGGAAGAACAGGAGAGGACAUGCCAAGACGUAGCGAAGGAGGCUUGCCGAAAGCUUUGGCAACAGAGGAAAAGAGAAAGCAGAAAGAAGAAGAGGAGAAGAGAUCGAAAGAGAAUGAGAAAGUAGAGAAAAAACUGAAAGAGAAAGAAGAGCAGCAAAAAAGACUGAAAGAAAAUGAAGAACAGGAGAAAAGACUGAAGGAGCAACAAGAACAGGAGAAAACGCAGAAAGACAAAGAAGAGCAGCAGACAAGAUUGAAAGAGGAAGAACAAAGGAAAGAAGAAAUUCAAGAAAUGGCAAAGAAAAUGGAAAGAAUGCGGAGGAGCAUUCAGAGAAUUACUAAAAAGAACAACCGGAGAUUCGCUCGUGGCGGGUACGGGCAAAGAUUUCCCAGUUUGCCAGCGUACCCGCCACCGCCGUCAGCUGCAGCGUACCCGCCACCGCCGUUGCCAGCAGCGUACCCGCCAGCUGCAGCGUACCCGCCACCGCCGCCGCCAGUCUGCAGCGUACCCGCCACCGCCGCCGCCAGUUACGUACCAGCCACCGCCGCCGCCAGCAGCGUACACGCCACCGCCACCGCCAGCAGCGUACCCACAUCCGUUAGCGCCAAUGGGAGCGUACCCGCCAAUGUACCAGUCAGCCGGAGCGUACGCGCAAAGACAUCCGCAACCACCGGCGUAUACGUAUGGGUUAUAUUAUUAUUAAAAAUAAUGGUAUAACACAUACCGAAGUAACCUUUCUAGUAAUCUUAAUUUAGCAACUUGACAACUUUAAUGUAAUGUCACUGUAAUUAUUGUUUAUGUACCAUAUUCGAUUUGUAAUUUUUUGUUCAGUUGUAAAAGGGAGUAGAGAGUAAUGUGCACAGCCGGAUUCGCGCAAGGUGCGCACGCAUUUGUCAUUUGUGCUGAUUUAUCAGCAAAAUGAUUGUGAAAAAUGUAAGAGCGUGUAUCUUUACGGAUCAAUUUGUACUCGUUUAUUAAUAUAAAUCAAUUUGGACUGAUUUAUUAAUAUAAAUCGAUACAAAUUGAUUCGUAAAGAUUCAUAGUUGAAGAGAUACCAUAGUCUCUCGUGCCAAGUACAUUGAGCAACGCUACGCGAUCCGCAACUCUUCAAACGGUAUAAUUUAAACGGCGAAUAAUAAUUUUUUUACUUUUACGAAUUGUGCAUAGUCUGGUACUAAUUAUGUUUUCUUCAUUUGUGUACUACUUUUGUUUAGUGAAAAUAUCUCUUGUGAACACUGAACACAACGAGGUGACAGUUUUAGUCUCCAAAAUUGUAACCGUACGUUUAAACAAAAGUAAAGCGAGAAGCUAUGUGGAAAAUGAAAUUUGCUAUUUAGAGAUUUAAAAACUUGAACCUCAUAACAUCAAUACAUCGGUUGAGACGAGUGACACCGUGCAUUGGUGGCACAUGUGCAUUCAGUAUAUUUCAUAAACAUCUUUUUCAUGUUAUUACCAAUGUGAACUAUCUUUCGAUGAGAAAACUUUUCAAGUCAGUUCCAGACUAUGCACCAUAUUCGAUUUGUAAUUUCUUGUUCAGUUGUAAAAGGGAGUAGAGAGUAAUGUGCACAGCCGGAUUCGCGCAAGGUGCGCACGCAUUUGUCAUUUGUGCUGAUUUAUCAGCAAAAUGAUUGUGAAAAAUGUAAGAGCGUGUAUCUUUACGGAUCAAUUUGUACUCGUUUAUUAAUAUAAAUCAAUUUGGACUGAUUUAUUAAUAUAAAUCGAUACAAAUUGAUUCGUAAAGAUUCAUAGUUGAAGAGAUACCAUAGUCUCUCGUGCCAAGUACAUUGAGCAACGCUACGCGAUCCGCAACUCUUCAAACGGUAUAAUGUUAACGGCUAAUAAUAAUUUUUGUAAUUGUAUGAAGUGUUCAUAGUUCGAUACUUAUUUUACGUUUUCUUCAUUUUUUUACUUUUUUUGUUUAGUAAAAGUAUCUGGUCUGAAAAGUGGAUGUAACAUAAUGAGAUGACAGGUUUUGCCUCCAAAACGAAAAAAUUGUAACCGUACGUUUAAAGAAAAAUAAAGAGAAAAGCUAUAUGGAAAAUUAACAUUUUAUACUUCUUCUGUAUAAUAGCUACAUUAUAUACAUGUAAAUGCGAGCAAAGUUUAAUUGUAUUUUUAUGUAAUUUUUUAUUGUCUUAUAUUUUUUUCGCUAUAAAAAUAACGGGUUUACGAAGCGUGAUGCGGAAUCGCGUACAUCUAUCCGAGCUUCAUCAAAUGUAAAAAUUCUUUUAUUUUGAAAUAAAGAAGAUUCAUGAGAAAAACCACA